UUUUAGAAACAUUUUAUCGACUUAUUUUACAAAACACUUCUAAUGUAGCAAAAAUAUUUAUGAUAUAUGAUAUUUAAUCGAAUUGCACAUUCGAAUCCAUGUCGCAUUUAUGUACAAGCUUAUUAUUGUGUUAGCAUUAUUAUAUAAUAUUAAAAUAUGCAAUAAUGUUUGAGAAUUGCGUAAUGUCGGUUUCCUGAUAUAACAAAUAGAUAUAAAAAAAAGAUUAAUAAGUUCAUAAACUUCCUCGAUAAAUCGUUGAUUGUGCAGUUUAUGCUGAUUAUGCUCACGCAAAUGUGCAAAAAUGUAACGCACUCGCGAAGCUAUCAUUUACGACUUUACGUGAUAUUUUAUAGAUAACAGUGAGCGUAUUUAUCUCUGAUAAUUCACUUUGAAAGAUACGUAAACAAAAUUCCGGAAUGAAGUAUGUAAUUACGAACAAUCUCGAAUAUAUUCUAAUUAAUUCUAAAGCGUCUACUUAAGAACUACCUUUAAGAGAAACGAUAUCAAGAGUAGAAGUAACUAAAAGUAGCCAUUUAAGAAUAAUUCUUAAAAAGUAUAUUUUAAGGAAUAUGAGAGAAAAUAAGGAUUAAUAAGAGAGUAUUUUCUUAAUCGCGCGUGUCAUCUAAUAAUGUACCUAUUUAUGUCCAAAUAUGACUUUUCAGAGUAUUUGCUCAACCAGAGUUUUUUAAAUGGAUUUUGAUAUUUUUCAAAGAAAUUCUUUUUCGAUUCAUAUCAAAUACGAAAUUCUUUGCAUGUGAUGGUGCAAGAACAAAAAAGUAUCAAAUAUGUAAUACAACUUUCGCUAUAAUUGAGAAACGUGAUAGAAUGUUACAUAUACGUACGCCACGUAAGUCGUGUCACAACGAGUAAAUUCAUUAACAAUUACAAUAACGAAUGCAAUAGUUAUGUAGUUAGGAAGUUAGGUAGUUUCAAAGUUGCAAAAGCGUCAGUAGCAAUAUUUCGCAACGCAGUAUUUCGUAGUCUCGUAGCGAAACGCGUGAAGUGUUUUGUACGUUAAAAACGUGCUUUGCUUGACGCCAGCUGCAGUGCCGAUUGCAGUCAUUAAUUUAUGCCGAAGUGGAACGGAAAAAGAAAGAUGCGAUAUAAGAAUGUCGUAUCCAGUGAAAGUUGCACGCGAUGUUUUAACUGUCGCGUUAAAAUCGCCCAAUUCCAUCCAUCUGUGUUCGCUCAAUUUACUGGGAUUAUUAUUGUCGGAUUCAGAAAAUGUCGAAAAAAAAACCUAGAGACCGUCAUAAAAUUUCGUAAAAAUGUAUAAUGAUUAUAAAAAGCUAUUGCUAUGUUUGUAAUUGCUACAAUCUCUCUUUUUUUCUCUUAUUGUAACAAUUUUAUUGUAAGAUAUUAUAUAAGUCUCGUCUCGAUUUUAGAUACGCCUCGAUAUUUUUGAUAUUUUACUAAAAACCUUUUUCACAAAUCUUUUGUAAUCAGUAUAUUAUAGCGAUUAAUAAUUUUAUCGAUUAUUAAUUAUUUAUCGAAUGUCUUAUAAUACUAUUUAUUUCUAAAAUUUUUACUUGCUUCUUAGAAAAAUUUUUAUUUUAUGGUUCGAAGAUCCACGUCAUCUUGAACGUUUUAAUUGUUUGGGGGAGAACAGCAAAUACUUUCAUUAACGCAACGUUAUAUCUUCAUUUGACUUGCACGCGUGCUGUCCUGUUUACCCGGCAUAGUUUAAUGAGCUCAAUGAUAGUCUAAUAAACGCGACAAAUAAAUCUUUUUAAAGUGACACGUACGAUGAUGGUGGUGGUGGUGGUGGUGGUGCUAGUAGUAGUAGAGGUGGUGGUGUGGUGAUAUAAUAUUCGUUGUGGCAUCUCAUAUGCGAGACGAGUAUUCGCCUCUCUUCCCGUGUGGACACGUCCCCACUUCUUCGUUCUUUUAGUUGCUUGCAAUCGUCAUCCAGUCGGCUAGUCAGUCAGUCAGUCAGCUCGUCAAUCAGUCGGUUAGUAAGUUAGUUAGCCGAUCAGUUAAUCGAUUAAAACCUUUGCAUUUUUGGGUGCAAUCAAUAAGUUAUUGGAUGUAAACAAUUAAUGUUUGAUACAAUAUGUACAUAUAUAUAGAAAGAGAGAAAGUAUAAUAAUAAUUAAAUUGAUUACUUUGGACCUCGACAUCUCUGAUAAUAUUAUUCCGUGAAUUAACUGCGAAACGCACAAGUGUAAGUCUGAGAGAAAAACGGACAGGCUCGACGAACGGGCGUUUUGGACGAACGACGCGAAGGUGCGUCGGAGAAAAUUUGCCGCAAAAUAUGUCGCGCCGAUUCGCGUCGACGUCGCGGUACAACGGACGCACACGAGGCUGCUGAAUCGAUGUAACUGUCCCGCACGCACUUCCGGAACGGAACGGCAGCAUCGCGCGAAAGCAGAAUGAAGCUGAACCUCUUCGUCACGUGCAUUACGAUUCUGUUGGUAAUAUUGAUUACCUCGACUACAUGCGAGAUAAACUCCAUUUCAACGUACGACGUGAAACAAGCGAUCGAGAACGGAAGCGAUUACGCCCACGUCCUGGAGCUUUCGUUACUAUUUUUUGAGGCGCAGCGUUCCGGCAAACUUCCGAAAGACAAUAGGAUCCCGUGGCGAGGUGAUUCUGCGUUGAACGAUCGCGGCUCAAACGGCGAGGAUCUCACCGGAGGAUACUACGAUGCCGGUGAUUUUGUUAAAUUCGGCUUUACGAUGGCUUUUACGACGACGCUUUUAGCUUGGGGAGCAGUCAGUUGGCCAGAAGCUUAUAAGGCCGCCGGCCAAUUAGAUGAAAUUCGUAAAACUGUCAAAUGGGCCACCGAUUACUUCAUAAAAUGUCACGUAAGCGAGAACGUAUUCUACGGACAAGUGGGCGAUUUCUCGAUCGAUCAUGCAUUCUGGGGAAGACCGGAAGAGCUAAAUACCUCUAGACCAGCUUAUAAAAUCGAUGCCGAGCAUCCUGGUUCCGAUCUCGCCGGUGAGACAGCAGCCGCCCUCGCGGCCUCGAGCAUCAUCUUCAGGAACGUCGAUCCCGAAUAUAGCGUCAAGUGUCUUCAGCAUGCGAAGGACCUGUACAAAUUCGCCGAUACUCAUCGCGGUUUUUAUCAUACGGUGAUACCCGGUGGUCAAGAGUUUUACGAGAGUACGGGUUACGGCGACGAGCUGGCAUGGGCCGCCGCUUGGCUCUUCAACGCGACUGCGGAACCCAAGUACCUCUACGAUGCCAUACAUCAUUACCAGGAUUUCCAUCUCAACGAGAGACCAACCAGAUUUUUCUACAACAAUAAGGUCGCCGGUGUUCAGGUACUGCUAGCACAAUUAACAGGACAGUCCGAGUACCAGAACGCGGUUCGUGCGUUUUGCGAUUUUUCAGUGCGACAACAGACACGUACGCCGAAGGGUCUCCUGUAUAUCGAUAAAUCUGGCACUCUCUCUCAUGCUGCCAAUGUGGCACUUAUCUGCUUGGCGGCCGCGGACUCCGAAAUCGGUGACUCGAGGGAGUAUCGUCAAUUCGCUAAGGAACAAAUUGAUUAUAUGCUAGGCGCAGCAGGGAGGAGUUACGUAGUCGGAUACGGAAAGGAUCCGCCCAAGCAGCCGCACCAUUCCGCAGCUUCUUGUUCGAAUAGACCAGUGCCCUGUGGUUGGCCGGAACUUGAUAGAAAUGCGCCGAACCCGCAGAUCCUCUACGGUGCUCUGGUUUCCGGACCAGACGUAGCAGAUCAGUUCCAGGACCGUCGAGACGACUACAUUUACACGGACGUUACGUUGGAUUACAACGCUGGUUUCACGAGCGCGCUCGCCGGACUGCUGCAACUGCAAUUAAAGAGUGUCGCUUGAGGAUUAUCGGAAGAGAAUGAACCCAUUGUAGUUGUAGUGACGCGUAGAAAAACUUUUCUGUAAAAAAUGAGGAACGAGACUCGCGUGUUGAUUCCUCACGAGAUACACAAUGUGCAUUAUUGUAAAGAAUCAUGUAUUAAUUUAAUCUUAUGCUACGUAUAAUAUUAAUAUUUGACAUUAUUGUGUAGGAUCAACUUUAUGCAAAUGACUUAUGCAAUGCUCUGUGUGAAAGUGUUGACUCAGGUUCACGUUGAAUCGUGAUGAUUAAUUGGCGAUUGGCAAAAAAAUGUGAAUGCAUUUUAAUUAUCAAUGAUAAGAUUCAAAUAUUAUAAUUUUCUUUUGAUUUGUUGCACAUCGCAGAGAAAUAAUAUCUGAUUUUUUCUUUUCAUGUCAUGAUGUAAUGUCGUUUUGUGACGGAUAGAAUGUCUCGAAAUGAGAGAUUAACACAAUUUUGUAAACAUGUAUCUGAAAAUGAGAACGUUUAUAAAUCUAUUUUUAAACUGUUAUUAAUUUAAAUUAUAUUUUAAAUUUAACAGUUAAAAUUGAAUUUAUUUUUCUGGAUAAGAACGAUUCGUAUGCUUUACUUAUUAUACGCAUGUUGGAAAACAUUAAGAAGAUUGACCAUAUCCAUCUAUCUGCCUCUAUUUAUGAUUAUUCUAUCCGUUACUAUUGUACAAGGCAUAUUUAUUGUUUUCAUGUGGAAAUUAAUUGAAUAAUCAUGGUGCGCUCUUAUUAUAACCAGGCUGUGUAAUACAUGUACAGUUUCUCAUCUCUUUAAUAGAUUGUAAAUCAUUAACAGUGCGUUAUGUUAUUAAAAAAGAACAUUUUUGAAAUAA